AUGGGAGGAGAAGGGGCACGACAGGCAACAUACAUUGCUACAGCUGUUACUCACCAGAUUAUUUACUAUCCAUAUGAAGAGUUCAUGGAAUCCCUUCACUUUUGCAAGCUUUCCUGGGGAGCAAUUCCCAUAUUGCCACAGGACAACAGGGCAAAGGAUAAGCCUCCAUGGACUUUGUUAAAGAACAUGGUACCUUAUGAUAGUGGUGUAGACCCUUGGCCAAGGUCUUCUCACAAACUCAAACCAACCCAGUUUCCUACUUCUCAUCCCUAUCAGACACACAGCUCUAGAUACACCAUGUUCCCAAACUCCAGAUCACCUGAGGAUUGUGACACUGGGAUCGAUGCAAGCAGUCAUCAGCUUUUGCAUCCCAAAAUCCCUACCAAGGCCAACGAUGUGGUUGUUCUGAGGAAGACCAGAGGUAAUCCAUGAAUCCAUAAAGUUGUCAGUACUUGCUCUGAAUCUAAGAAGGCUGUGCACUGGCCAGGACACACAUACUUACAGCUUCCUAGGUUUGCUGAAGGAAAAGGUUAAAUACACUAUCCAAAUCCACCAAAGAUAAUGGCCCCCAACUCCACUUUUAGAGCCAGAACAUAACCUCUCUCCAAGAACAAUAUGGUACAGAACACUGAAAGGGCUCUGGGGAUCACAGCAUACAGUCAGGCCUUCACAGGAAGAGCUCCUAUGAAUCCCCUUAUCCUAGACAACUAUCACAUGAAAGCAGCUGGCAAAUUAACUGGAGAACUAGGUGAAGAUGUGGAACUAAAAGAAAUAUUUCUGCCUAGUCUCUCACAAGUAGGACCUCUUGAAGGGUGCACUGUGUAUUUGCUUCAAGGUCAAUGUCCCCAUGAGUCAAUUCUGCAAGAACAGUGUUCAGAUGCCUCUGUCUUCAUUCAGGGUUUCUACUGUCAUAGCCAGCUACUCAGGCACAAUGCUGUGGUCAGCCUAGGUCAGCCUAAGUCAGGAGUGUAA